AUGUCCGUUCGAUUCGGCCCAGUUGACACACGCCAUCUUCCCUGGCACGAACGUAAUCAGCAUCAAAUCGUGAUCGUGGUCGAUCUGUCCUGCCCCGGAACGGACAAUCUUCUCGCCAAUGCCCAUCAAUUGCUUUACUACCGUGUCCGUUGGAUCGCGCUAAAGAGUGUGUACGACGGAGAGACUACCAAAGGUUGGGAAAAUUGUACUGAAUAUCCACUGUUCGAUCGACUUCCGCUGCUGAUCAGCAAUGAGCUGUACUACUUCUGCACCAACGGUACAACCGGACACCAUCUGGUGCGGCAACAGUAUCGGCUAUCUACUGCAAACUCUUCAGCUCCGAUGUACGAAACAUUUGGCAUUUGGGAGCCAAACGAAGGUGUUCGGUUGGAAUCUUCUACCGUACGUACUCCGGUGACAUCGGUUAGAAGGCAAAAUUUCCACCAAUUUCAACUGCGAGCGUCUCUGGUCAUACUUCACAACGAAACGCUCAACCAUCUGGAUGAUCUUCACGAUAAACAUAUUGAUACGAUCUCACGUGUGAAUUACCUGCUCACGAAAUCGGUCGCACACGCGCUGAACGCGACGGUAAGGUUCAGCUUCGUGGAUACGUGGGGGUAUCGAGAUAAGGAAACAGAUCGCUACAAUGGGAUGAUCGGCGAGCUGCAAAGCGACCUUGCCGAUCUCGGUGGCACUUCCAUGUUUUUUAUGCAGGAUCGCAUUAAAGCCGUCGAUUUCCUUUCGAUGACCGCAUCAACACGGGCUAGCUUUGUGUUUCGAGCCCCCAAACUGUCCUUUACCGAUAACGUGUUUGUGCUUCCGUUCGAUCAGUACGUCUGGUGCUGCACGGUUAGUUUCAUCCUGUUGUCCGGACUUUUGUUGUUGGUGGUGUUGCGAACCGAGCAGCGAUAUAAUGUAAGCACAGGCACUGAGCAUAACACCACGACCACCGUUACCGGGUUGUCCGAUACGUUGUUAAACGUGUUCGGUACAACUUGCCAGCAGGGAUCUUUUAUAGAGCCAAAAACGGCGCCUUCGCGAUGCCUUAUACUGCUCUGCUUGGUGGUGCUGAUGUUUCUGUACGCCAGCUACUCGGCCAACAUUGUCGCACUCAUUCAGUCGCCCUCGACGAAGAUACAAACGCUUGAGGACCUGCUAGCGUCGAGGCUGAAGACCGGUGCGGAGGAUACAGUCUACAAUCAUUACUACUUCCGGCACGAAACAGAACCCACCCGGAAGGCACUCUACGAACGCAAGAUGAGGAACAAAGAUGGCACGGAAAACUUUCUACCACUGGCGCAGGGUGUUGAGCUUAUUCGACAGGGCCACUAUGCAUUUCACGUCGAGAGGGGUGUUUGCUACAAGCUAAUCAGUGAAACGUUUCAGGAAGAGGAAAAGUGUGGCCUGCAGGAGAUGGAAUAUCUGAAAGUUAUCGAACCGUACUAUGCGGUGCAGAAGAACAGUUCGUUCCGUGAGCCGGUACGUAUCAAUCUUUUUAAGCUGCGCGAGUUCGGAAUACAGGGCCGCGAAAAUACACUGCUGUACACGAAGAAGCCGCGUUGUGUUGGUGGCAGUAGCUUCAUACCCGUGUCGAUUGUGGACGUAUGGCCCGCUCUGAUAACGCUGGGUUGGGGUUACUUUCUCACAAUAAUGAUGCUCAUUACCGAACAGCUCUGGGUUCGUCUACGUACCCGGCUGCAACCAACGCAUGAAUACUUUCAACAGUAG